AUGAGCCAAACUGAGUUAUUCACGGACCUCUUCGAGGAGGAGGCGCAGUCGUUGGGAAAGGCGCUUUUGGCAUUGACUGCCGUUGGUUAUUUCGCGUUUCAGGAGAAUGAGUCGACGCUUUUUCGUCGCGAUGACGUCAAGUACGCCAUUGACGCAUAUCUACCACAAGGGUAUGACCGCGGCAUCAUCGCCUCCCGUGCCAACCAGCGACUCGCGAAGAGUCUCAUAGUCAAUGGGCUACAUCUCAACUCCGUAAAGGAGCAAGUGCAACUUGCUGUUGGACGUGAGGCAAAGCUAAAGGCUCUCUCGGAGCUCUUUGCUGCGUCACUCGCGAGUAUUUUAUGUGCUGCGCAUAUACAUAGCUUAACCAUAACACUGCAUGUUGUUAAAAACAUGGCGUUGGUGUUAGUCUAUGUCCUGAGAAAGCGCGAGGCGCGUCGCGGUGGGACGGUGGUUUCAAAGCUUCGUUCCUGGUGGUCAGGUGGCACGCAAAAUCUUGUGAUGGAAACACUUGUUGAACACUUACAGCGACAGUUUGAGGCUUCUCCCUUUGCACAGGCAAUAGAUGAGGACACGAUAGCGUCAGGGGAUUUACUGCGUUGCCUCUCCGUAGAGACACUCUUGAAGCUGACUGUUCCUCGUGUGGUGGAGGCUGCCCAACUGGCGGUGAGGGCCGCACUAAAUCGUCGUCCCCCGCACAUGUUUAGUGUGACGGGCAUAGUAACGGGCGGGGACCUGCGGGAAUUACUGGAUGGGCUGAGCGAAGACAUGGAGUCCCGUCUGGCGUGGUCGGACUGGUUCACACCACCGCCCUCGUCUACGUCCUCGCAGUUACUGUCACCACGAGGGCAAAAGGAGUCGCUAGGGACGAGCAACGCUGAAAACAAACUCACGGACGCGGGGACGUCUGAUUCUGACGUUGAAAACGGCAUCUUCAAUUACCCGGCAGGGUCAACCGCCAUUUUGCCGGAUGGCUUCUCCUCUUCAAUGCGAACGCAGCGGGAUCGCGCCGUCCUGGAAAGUUUCUUUGGCCCUCAAUCUGAGGAGGAUUCAGAGGUUCGCGCCGCCCGCGAGGAGGAGCAGCGUCGUGAGCAGUUGGCUCGAGAGCAAUCGGCGAGUUUCUUCCACGAGUUGAUACAUAGUGCGUCCUUCAACGAGAUUUGCAUUGCCCACGCCACGGAAGUACUCGAGGACACCAAAAAAUCGUUGACGGACUUGCGUCGCGUUGGUUCGUAUGACGCGAUGACAGACUCUGCCAAGAUGAUACAUGUGAUCACGUCCCUUGAAAAUUACCGUCUGCGGCUGUUGGACCGCGACUUUAACGUGCCCCUGUAUCUGCAGCUCUUUUGUCAGGAGACAGUGAGGGCGACGUGUGGAAGCCCGUGA